CGCGGGAAAGUUGACCUUGUACACAUCUGUUCUCUCACCGGUUUUGUGGUCUACAGGCUCGUCCGAGGUUUGCUUUCUGACUUGGGGCGUGUAUUGGCUUUAGAAUAAGUCAGGUAUCUACAAACACCAGUAUUUAAGGAUAUGACAUCUGUUGGUCUUUCUCGACGACGAGUCGCCAAUGCCACCAAUGACAAUGAUUUGGGGUCUGACUUUGCCUCCUCCUCAAAUCAUUAUGAUGAAGACGAUGCCAGACCAAAACCGAGCUCUGGCCAAACAACUCCUCGUACGAUGACAGGUGGCCACGGGGGUUCAGCUUUCGAAGGCGGGAACAGGAUAGCGUUUGAUCCUAGAGAUUUGGAGGAUGUUGGUGCCGAGGAGAAGAGAGUAGGAGGAAAAGUUCCAAGGCUGACGAUCAUGGAGGAGGUGUUGUUGUUAGGGAUAAAGGAUAAACAAGGAUACCUCUCUUUCUGGAACGACAACAUCUCUUAUGCUCUCCGAGGUUGCAUACUCGUGGAACUCGCUCUACGGAGGCGUAUCGCUCUCACCAAGGAUCCUAAUAGGAGAAGACUACCACCUAGCGAGAGGAUUCUUGAAGUUCUAGACGACAGACAGACAGGAGAAACUAUAUUAGACGAAGCUCUCAGAAUGAUGAAAGGACAGCAGGAUCCGGUUGCUCAAGGGGGAGGCGGGGAAAAGCUGUCCGUUAACAACUGGAUUGAUCUAUUGAGUGGUGAAACAUGGAACGUCCUUAAAAUUGGUUUUCAGCUCAAGCAGGUCCGAGAGCGUCUCGCCAAAGGCCUUGUCGAUAAAGGCAUCCUUCGUACCGAAAAACGCAAUUUCCUCCUCUUUGAUAUGGCUACGCACCCCCUUGCCGACCUUCGUGCUAAAGAAAAUAUUAUUACUCGUGUCAUCUCAAUACUCACGUCUACCACAUCCGCUGUUCCCUCAAGUGCUCUCGAUAAAGAGGGUACUCAAUGUCGGGUUAUGAGGGCGGUUUGUCUGGUUUGUGCGGCAUAUACAGCAAGUGUCCUGGAUAACGCCUUCGGAAGGCUCGGAUACGAAGAACGGGAAGCUGCAUUUGGUCGUGCUGAUGACAUCUUAGUGGAGUUCUCCAGCUGGCCAUUCGGAAGUGCAUCAGGAAUAGUCGAUUCGGGACCCAAAAGGAAGUACAGUAAUAAAAUUGCCACAGGAAGCUCGGGAGAUGGUUCAAGAGAAAGCAUCAUGGGCUUACUGACAGAGGUCAAGAAGGAGUCGGUUGGUGGGGAAGAGGAUCUGGGUUUCGAACUCGUUUCAGGAGUUUUGGAAGUUUUGAGCAAGUUAGAUUCGUUAAUCUGA